AUGACGACGCCGAAGGUAUUCCAGCUGAUCCCAGGUGUUCAGUCGUACGACUGGGGUAUUGUGGGGGACACUUCGCGCGUUGCGCAGUUCGCGUCUGCCACCCCACAACUCAACUUUAAGCCGGAGAACAACAAGCCAUAUGCCGAGCUGUGGAUGGGCACUCACCCGUCGAUGCCAUCCAAAGUCAUCCUCCCGUCCACCUCGAACCAUGAGGCGCUGUCCUCCCAUCUCGCAGCGCAUCCGGAGCUGAUCGGCGAGAAAGUGACCAACAAGUUCGCCGACGAGGCGCCCGGCAGCCUGCCGUUCCUCUUCAAAGUGCUCUCCGUGGGCAAGGCGCUCAGCAUCCAAGCGCACCCAGACAAGGAACUCGGCAAGCGACUGCACAAACAACGACCCGACGUGUACAAGGAUCCGAACCACAAGCCGGAGAUGGCGAUUGCGCUGACGGCCUUUCGCGGGUUCUGCGGGUUUCGUCCUCUCUCCGAGAUCACGGGGUUCAUCAAGGGCGUACCGGAGUUUGCGCAGCUGGUCCAGGUGGAUCCUGCCGAACUGGAGAGCGUCUCUGACGAGAACGAUGUGAAGAAGAGGUUGAAGACCAUCUUUUCCAACCUGAUGAACAGUCCUGCGGCAUCGUACGAGCCACUCGCCUCACAACUUUCCGAGCGCUUUGCUGCCGGUUCGGUCGAAGGCGUUCCCGAAACAGAACGACAACUGGUCGUCAAACUCUCCGCCGAGUUCCCCAAGGAUAUCGGCAUCUUCUGCACCUUCCUCCUGAACAUUUCGUCGCUGCAACCGGGCCAAGCACUCUUUCUACAGGCCAACGAGCCGCACGCCUACCUCGAGGGCGAGAUCCUCGAAUGCAUGGCUAGCUCGGACAACGUAGUGCGCGCCGGUCUCACACCCAAGCUGCGCGACACAGAGACCUUGGUCGAGAUGUGCACGUAUCAGUCCGGGAGCGAUAGGGGUCGAUUGAAGGGGGUGAAGUGGGGAAAGGUGAAGGGUGAAGGGGUAGAGGCGCUGCUGUACGAUCCGCCCAUCGAGGAGUUCAGUGUCGUUACAAUGCAGGUUGGAGAGGGGAGCACGGCGAAGAAUGAUGGGGUGGAUGGUCCGAGUAUCGUGUUGGUCCUGGAGGGAGAGGUCGAGGUGAAGGAGAGUGGGGACAAGGUAAGAUUGAGCAAGGGGCAGCUGGCGUUUGUUGGCGCCGGGGCAAGUGUGGAGAUCACCAACGUGGGGAAGGGCGAGGCGGCAUUGGCGAGGGCGUUCGUCGAGGCCUAA